UAAGACAAGGUGGGGUAUCCGAACUAGCGCUAAAUUACUAGGGAAUAUUAACUUUAAAUUCCGUGUGCUAAAAAGUGUGCAUUUGUGUAUUUUAAUGACGGUAACCAGCUAGCCUGUUCACUGGAUCGCGUUAGAUAUAGUUGAGCGUAAUGGUGUUGCCGUUGUGACUUGAGUCGCGUGGAGAAUGGGGCGAACCCUAAUUUCAUCGCUGCCGUGCUAAACACCAAACAGCUCGAGACCCGUCUAGGCCCCAGGAUGUUGGCCCGUUCGCGCUCGAUGCGGUGCAUUGUCAAAGACGGGACAACAGCGGCAGAUGUGCACCGCACCGCCUUGGCAAACUUGGUAAUUUUUUGUGAUCAUCGUUGCGUCGCGGCGAUUUCCCUCCCGCUCUGAACGUCUACUCCCCGCUGCUUUUGUGCUUGCUCGCAUGUAGGUGCUGCAUUUCUCACAGAGUGGGUCAUAGUGAACGCUUGUGCCAUCAUUCUUCACCCCCGGCCCGUGCCAGUGGAGAACUCCGUGCGGACGGGCAGAUUGACUGAGACACGGUUAUCCUGCCUUAUAACAGCCUUAUAACACUGCUGUACUGUCUAAAGUUGGCAUCACCGUGUCGGAUGGGAUUGUGGAGCUGAGCUGUUUAUGUAGGGCGAAUUCAGAUUUCUCUGGUGGUGCUGGCCAUAGCGCCAUGGCUCAGACCCUUCAGAUGGCGAUCCCAAACUUCGGCAACAAUGUCUUGGAGUGUUUGAAUGAGCAGCGCCUGCAGGGGCUAUACUGUGAUGUGUCCGUGGUGGUUAAAGGCCACACCUUUAAAGCUCACCGUGCUGUGCUGGCGGCCAGCAGCUCCUACUUCCGAGACCUCUUCAACAGCAGUGCGGGCAGCAAGACCCCCACAGUGGUGGAGUUGCCCCCGGCAGUACAACCCCAGAGCUUUCAGCAGAUCUUGGCCUUCUGCUACACUGGCCGCCUCAGCAUGAAUGUAGGAGACCAGUUCCUGCUCAUGUACACGGCCGGCUUUCUCCAGAUCCAGCAGAUCAUGGAGAAGGGCACAGAGUUCUUCUUGAAGGUCAGCUCACCUAGCUGUGACUCCCAGGGCCUCCAUACCGAAGAGACCCCUCCUUCAGAGCCUCAGAGUCCUGUCACCCAGACGGCUGCAGGAGCUGCGCCCAAUGGAGGUGGUGGGGUGGUGGCUACAGCGGCCAGUCGGCCUGCUUCCUGCCUGACCCCCCUGCCCCUGGUAUCUCGGGUGAAGACUGAGCAGCCAGAGACUUCGCCCUACUCGGUGGUAUGCACACCGGUCGCCAAACGGCUCUGGGAAGGAAGCAAUCGGGACGGUGGAGGAGGCUCGGGUGGAUCAGGCGGAGGUGGGAUGAGGAAGGCGGCUCGCUUCUCCCAAGAGAUGGCACGCGGGAGUGCCAUCCAGCAGCAAAGUAGCAUGGGACUUGGUAUGAAUCUUGGAAUGGGCACAGGGGGGCACGGCGGGAGCACCAAUGUAAAUGGCAAUGGCACAAGCAGUGCCACUCCUGAAGGCACCAGCCCAGGUACAUUGAGUGCUUAUGCCAGUGAUUCGCCUAUCUCUUACCAUGACGAUGAGGAAGAGGAGGAGGUAGUUGAUGAUGGCACUGAAGAGCAGUACAGGCAGAUCUGCAACAUGUACACCAUGUACAGCAUGCUCAACGUGGGCGCUACAGCAGGUGAGCGUGUGGAGGCCCUCCCUGACCACUCAGAGACACGGCCCAGGAUGCGCGGGCGACAGGAUCUUGCCUCUCUCCCCGCUGAGCUCAUCGCUCAAAUCGGCAACCGUUGUCAUCCCAAACUUUAUGAGGAGGGUGACCCUGCAGAGAAACUAGAGCUAGUUUCAGGCACCAGUGUGUACAUCUCACGAGCUCAACUGAUGAACUGUCACGUCAGUGCAGGAACAAGACACAAAGUUCUUCUGAGGAGACUGCUGGCUGCUUUCUUUGAUAGGAGCACUCUGGCCAACAGUUGUGGAACUGGCAUCCGUUCCUCAACCAAUGACCCUAGCCGCAAGCCACUGGACAGCCGUGUGCUGCAUGCAGUCAAGUUUUACUGCCAGAAUUUUGCCACCAGCUUUAAGGAGAGUGAGAUGAAUGCCAUUGCGGCAGACAUGUGCACUAAUGCUCGACGCGUGGUACGGAAGAGCUGGAUCCCCAAGCUAAAGCUACUGAUGGCGGAGGGCGAUGCCUAUGCCAAUUUCCUCCCCGACAGCAUCAAGAUGGAAGCAGAUGGCCUGGGGCCAGAGCCUAACUUUGAGACGGCCAGCUUGGAGGGCAGCGUCGUGGAGACUGGAGGGUCAUCGGGCGAGUCUCUGCAGGGUGUGGGCGGAGACAGUGGCACUUUGUUUCAGUGAGUGUCCCAGCAAGGAAAGCACCGCCCCAUCCCCUCUGCCGCCCCACCUCCCACCCGCUGCGUGACUCUGGGCUCUGCUGCUUCUGACUGGGAUGGGAUGGGAAGGGAGAGUCGGGUAGGAGUUUGGAGGAAGAAGCAAAGUCUGUAAAGGCUAGCGUAAGGAGGAACCCGAGGGUUUUAUUACAAGGGCACAAUUUUCUUUUCAAUCAUUUUUGUUUUUGCUGAAUAACCCUCUUUUGCACAGAAGAUCCCUUUGCUUUGCCUCCAUGCUCUGCAUAGAGAUAUUUAGUCACUGAUUCUAUACAAGUACAUAGCCUAAUUAGGACCAGGAAAAUAACUUUUGUUUUCCUAUUUCACACACACACACACAAUCGCACCCGCUCUACUGGAGGCCGAGGUUCCCUGAUCUCACUGUACUGAAUUUGAAUGUAUCUGUUUGUAGCACCUGGCUAUGUAAGACUAGCCGAUUGUAUUUGGCCCAAGAAAGAGAGACAGGAAAAAUGCUUGUCAUAAGAGUUAAAGAACGGCAGAUUGAGAAAGUAGUAAAGAAGUAGGUGGCAUAUUCUGUCUCUCAUUCAGUCUAAAAUGGAAAGAAUUUGAUAGCCUCCUCUCCUUCCAUUCCUCUCAAAGUAUAUGUGGGAUCUUAGUCUGCCAAGUUCUUUGUUUUAUGCCACCAUUUUCUUCCUCUCCCUUUUCUUCUUGUUUCACUGUGUGUGAUGUAUGAAUCCAGAGUUGAUGAAAGAUUAAGGAAUGUAAAUGAUAAAAAUAUAUUUAUCUGCUCACACAUUUAGAGUGCGAGAGAGAGGGAUUGUUUUAAAAUCUCUUUGCGUGUGUGUGUGUGUGUGUGUGUGUGUGUGUGUGUUUGUGUUUGUUUACUUCAAUGUUUGUGAAGAGACACCUUGUUGUGGGGCUUUAAGGUGAAAUAGUAAAAUAAUGAGGACUAUUUUUGCAUAAGGAUUAAGACUGGUGCUUGGCUUGGAUCUGGAUGGCCCUCUUUUAUGAUUAUGUCCCAUUUUAUUGGCCCUUCAGUUUGUUUGUUGCCAGUUUUUACCAAUGACGUACGACUUUGGUUUGUUGAUUUGUGCCAUGGCUAACAUACAUACCGAUUCUAAUAAACAAGGACCCGGUUGAUUAAUCAGAAGUAAAGCAGGCAGAUUAAACAUGACUUUAAGAAUGACUUUGUGUAGGACAAAAAAAUUAAAUGUUUUUAGUCUGUUAAAAUUUUAGCUUUCUUGACCCCCCUCAAACCCCCCUCCCCACCACCACAAAUGAACACUCCUUUACAGCCCCGGGGGAAGGGAAGUCAUGUUUCUUAUUGUUAGUCACUUUACUAUCUUAAGGUUUGAGCCUGACUUUGUGUGUUUAGGAGUGGAGGAGGGUUACAUUGCCUGUGUCCCAGGAGAGGAAUGAUUGAGCUUCUCCAUGUUGCCCGUGUCCCUGUUUGGGCAGCUGUGUGUGCAUAUGUAAGUUUGAGCCUGUGCUCGCUUAGGCAAGCAUGUCUGUGUCCGCACAAGUCACCAUCUGUAUACAUUCCUUGCACAUAGUUGGUACUGUGCGUUUGCAUGUGGGUGAUGUGUUGAUUAGGGAAUUUAAGGAAUGUUUGUUUCUAUGUUUAUGCGUUGGUGGCACAUCCUGUACGGAUGCUUUUAAGAAAAUUCGCCCAUCUGAAAGUUUUCUAUAACCCAUGAACUUUUUGCAUAUCCCAGAUUUCCAUCAGGAUUUGAAUGGGAUUGCAGGUGAAGUCUUAAUGUCCAGUUGGGCAUGGCUUUAAAUGCACAUGUCUCGCUAAAACAGAGAAAAUUAUAGUUUAGGCUAUUUUAAUAUUUCAUUAAAAUAUGUGUGUCUGUGUUGGGUCAUCUCCUGGGACACAGCUGCCCCCUUGCUGAUUGGGGAAAUUGACCUCUUUGCACCUUUUCGUUGACUGAACAAGAGCUUUUUGCACCUUUUUUUUUGUAGAAAAGAGUGGUGGAUUGUGCACCUUUUUGUAGAGCGUAAUCGAUGGUUUUUGGACUAAACAUGUGUAUGUGUCAGUGAUCUGGCCCAGAACAGUAUGCACCCCUGUGUCUGUGACCAGCCAUGCUGAAUAAAUACUGAUGUAAAUAUUGAAGAAACUGUUGAACAGAUUUUGACCACGUUUUUUAACAGGUUGUAGGUCUUUUUCAUUGACGGCUUACAUUAGGUCUUUCACCGCUGUUGUUUUAACUCAUGUUUGCUCUUUCGUUUUUUGCAUAACCAAGUCUGGCAUACCUGCUGUUUGUAUAUCUGGGAAUUGUAGAUCUUUUUUUUCUUUUUUUUUUUCCAGGCUUAAGAGUUGUAGCAAAUAAAGUGAACUCCUGGCAAGUUUACUACUUCAAGUGGUCUGGUUCAGGUUUCAAACCAAAUGAGAUGACCUCCUUUUUUUUCAUACUAGAAAACAAUAAUGCCUCUUGUGUAGAAAUGUUUAACAUUGACAAGCCUGCAAAAUUGAGAUAAGGCUUUGAAAAUGUCACAUAGACUUGCAUGCAUCCAUUUCUUUCAUUUUGUUUCUCCAUUCUUUUUACAGACCACAUGUACUGUAUUUACUUUAAAAAAAAAAAAAUACUACUAAUACAAGUUUAAAGAGUUGACUUGCCAAGUUUUUGUUAAGGAUACAAUAUAGAGUUGUUUGAUGAUAGAGUACCAAGUAUUUUUUCAUUUAUUUGUAUUGACUAAAGUGCUGGGAAGGUGGGGCCAUGGUGAGGGAUGUACUGGUGCUAUGUGUGCUAUUCUAUAGAUGUUUAAGGCCUGCUGGGUCACUGGUGCCUUUUCAGGAGGACAGUGGUAGAUGGACUGCGUGUAUCGCUGGGUGGGGCAGUGAGCAGUGGCGCUUUUCUCUCCUCUCGCCGGCUAUGACUGUGCCAGUGUUUAUGCGUCCUCCAUUUUGAUGGCACAGAUCACAUAUGCUGCAUGCGUUGCUGGAGAGGAACGGCUGUUUCUAUGCGCCACCUGCUGUCUGUGUGUUGUUACUGCAGCUUAGAUGUACUACUUGCAGUCAUCACCAGGUGGUGUCAUCAUACCUGAGAAAAAUUACGCUUUAACUGCUUGUUUGAGCAUCUCAAUCAGCUCGACACAGCAACGUUGGUCCAACCAACGGCGGGACUAUCUGUUUGUCAAAGCAACAGAAGCGUUAUUUUGCGAUUCAGCUUGGAGACGCUAGUUGUGCAGAAAUUACAUACUUCACCUUUUUUAAAUAUUUUUAUUUUAUUUUAUUUAGGAUAAAAUUAGGAUUUGCCUAGUUUUUUUUUUUUACCCCAGUAUAUGAAAGGUUUCUAUAUAAUGGGAAUGAAGGGACCAGUGUUAAUAAAAAAUGCCAGGAUGUCCAUAUCAUGCUGCCUAUAUAUCUGAUCUCUAAUCCUGAGUAAAAGCACCUUUUCUAGGGUUCAUGUUUAUAGACCUGCUCCCAGGCACCUUACAAUUCAGUCUGACUGUGUCAGAGCACAGAGAAGCAAAUAGAUGGCGGGGGUGGGUGGAGAAAGAGUGUGAUAGUUUAACUGCCCAUUUAUCUUGUGAUUUUUCCUUUCAAAAAGUUGUAAUGCAGUCUGUUAGGGUAAUGAGCAUUGUAGAUCAUUUUAAAUUAGUAACCUGGCUGAAGCGAGUGAGAGAGUAUGGAGUGGUGCAUUAAAAACGAAUAAGUGAUCUUUUUGUCUCACUCUCUGCAAAUGCAGAAAUCAGGCCCAUCAGUUCUGGAGCAACCGACUUGCUGCAUUUGCAAGUUUUCCUUUGGCUUGCAGCUUUUGUUGCAUUUUGUCAACCUAAGUCUAUUUAACCAGAAUGCAGCAUGGCUAUUCCACUCUAAAUAACAGACGUACCACAUAAAGAAACUCACAUCUUUCUCUGUGUGUUGCGUUCUGUUCCAGCACACCCCAACCCUCUGCUUUUAGUCCUUACCCUAAAUGCGAUGAUGAUGAUGAUGAUGAUGAUGGUAGGGUUAUAUUUUCAAAUGUUUUUGUGAAGUAACAUGCGACAGUUGGACAAACUAGCAUCCAGAUGUCACGAAUUUCAGAGAAAUACAGACAGGAUGGGGAUGACAUCAACUCGCUUGAACACUCCAAUACAAAAAAAUAAAUAUGGUUGUAAACCUUUUUUACGAUGCAGUGUCUCACUUUCUAUGACUACAUCCCUAUACAAAUCUAUAUACUGUAUAUUACAUAGAAGCACUAAUGAAGUUUGAUUGUUAGUCGUGCACUCUCAGCAUGAGUUGUAUCCCAUACCCAGCUGUGCUCAUGCAGUGACCCUGUAAUGCCAGUGCUCAUCCAAUCCAUUCUGUCUGUGUUCAAAGUGCCAAUAACUUUGUGAAUCCCUAACUGUGACCCAAUAUUAUCAAAAGUAAUUGCACAUUAACUACUGUAUAAAAAGUUAAAGAGUAAGAGAAAAGUCAAAGGAUACAGAUGAAUAUCUUAAUAAAAGUUUGUAA